UCGGUCGUCGGUGGCCUUCGAAGGCACGGAAAAUCUUGGUUGUGCUCUUUCUCACAACACCUAAAGACAAUGUAUGUAGUGUUUGUGUAUUUUAUUACUCCGGUUUGGUGUUCAGUUUGAGUGAUUACGAAGAAAUUCGAUUCGGAUGCUGCAGCAAGAUUACAUCUGCCAGGAAAGGGUUCCUCUUCCUUUGGUUUUUACGUGAUAAAUUGAAGGAAAAUUCUACCGAGUGUCAACUGUAAAUAGAGGAAAUUGUCGAGAGGAAAAUUCGCCGAAAGAGGCUUUCCCAGUGCGCUCCCCAUUUUCUAUUCCCAUCUAGUCUCAAUGGUGUACAGUGCCAGUGCAGUGUAGCAUCCAGUAUUUGGAGAAAUGUAUUUCAAAUCGUGUAUAAGCAGAAAACUAGUGAUAGGUUUUAUCUGUCUCCUGGUGCAGAUUGGCCAUGGGAUAACUCAGCUGGUCAUCAAUGUACAGAAUCAGGGAGGAGAGGUAGUGCAGGAGACAAUAACGUCCAGCGUGAGUGACGAUACGUGUACGCUUGAGUUCCAGCGAAGCGAUGGCACGCUGAUAACCAAGCUAAUCGACUUCAAGAGUGAAGUGCAAGUGCUGAAAGCCCUGGUCCUGGGCGAGGAGGAACGUGGCCAGAGCCAGUAUCAGGUGAUGUGCUUCGUGACUAAAUUUCAGAAAGGAGAUUUCAUCACUGCCGAUGCAAUGGCCAAACUACGACAGAAAAAUCCCAGCACCAUCCGGACGCCAGAGGAGGACAAGGGCAAGGAAAACUACACCAUGACGGGCUGGGUGGUACUGGACCGGGCGUCGCCCAUCUCCCGCCACAUACCACCACUGUGUUCAGAGGCCCAGGACUCGACGUACGCGCGGGACGUUGACCUCAAAGCGUGGGCCGAACUGCCAGGUUCCUCCAUAUCUAUCCUGGAAUCGGCAGUGAAGCCCUUUCCGUCGGUGACGACCGGGAGUCCACCGUCCCGCUGUAGUGACGUGUCCGCCAUCUGGGCCCCGUGCAUCUGCUCGCUGGAGAUGUGCAUCGGAUGGUACCCCUGCGGGCUCAAGUACUGCAAGGGUAAACCGGACACCAAUCCGCUGCUGAACGGUGGCGGUGGUGGGGGUUCCAGCUACCGCUGUGGCAUCAAAACUUGCCGCAAGUGCCAUCAAUACUCGUACUACGUACGGGAGAAGCAGCAGUGCCUGUGGGAUGAAUGACCGCUAGAGGACCAUCGGAAGAGUGACCACGACGACGAGGACAAUUUUCACAAUCGAACAACGAGGACAGCAGAAGCAACAACGGCUGAACACGACAGCUACAACACCGUAAAACACAAAUCACCAACAGCGACAACAGGGACAGUUUCGAGCAGUAGUUGCAGCAGCUGUAGAGUUAGUGACUGUAACGGAAACGAUAAUAACAAUAAGAGUAGAACCAGAACUAGCAUUAGGAAGACGAGAGGGUCUGCGCCAGCCGCAACCGAAACAAUCAGUGAAUUUAAUUUUUUACUCCGAGAUUAUAUGCCAGGGGAGCUGGCCAAGGGUCGCCGCUGCUGGGUAACCGGGGCAAUCUCCGGUAGCCGAGUGGAUCUGACCACAGCAGCAGAACCUGAUCCUGUGACACUUCUAUCCGAUGUAGAGAUGUGUUUCGAGUUUAAUGAAAUUAUUUUAUAGCACAAAUAGGUUUAAUGGCUUUU